UAUCACAUCUCGUCGGUGAGUUCCUCGGUGGACUCUCUUAGAAAUAACCUAAACUGGUGGGUUUUCCUUUAUUUUUCCUUGUUCGAGACCGGUUUGAGGGACACGGCAUCGUCUGUAUCAAAACGAAAGUUGAAAGUGCGGUUUGCUGAGCUCGGCUCGCGGUGAAACGCUCAUCAAACAUGGAGAACGAGAUGAAAUAUUUGGCCGUGGAUCGGGCAACCAUUGCUGAUCCUGCGGCUCAGGCCAAGUGGACAGCGAAAAAGCUGGUGUGGAUUCCAGACGAUGAACACGGAUUUGUGGCUGCGAGCGUCAAAGAUGACAAGAAAGACGCUGUCGUUGUGGAAUUGGAAGGUGGAAAACGAAAGACGGUGAACAAGGAUGAUAUCCAAAAGAUGAACCCACCCAAAUUCGAGAAGGUGGAAGACAUGGCCGACUUGACCUGUUUGAACGAAGCUAGUGUGCUGCAUAACCUGAAGGACAGAUACUACUCUGGGCUUAUCUAUACAUACUCGGGUCUUUUCUGCGUGGUUGUGAACCCUUACAAACGCUUGCCUAUUUACACUGACAAAGUGGUCGAUAUGUAUCGUGGGAAGAAAAGACAUGAAGUACCACCGCAUAUCUACGCCAUAACAGAUAAUGCAUAUCGUAGCAUGCUUCAAGGUAGUGAUUUUUUUUGCCGUAUUUGUGUAUUCAGUGGAGAGUCUGGUGCUGGAAAAACAGAAAACACCAAGAAAGUAAUUCAAUACUUGGCUUCAGUAGCUGGCCACUCCCAUACCAAAGCAGCUCAAACUCCAAAGAAAUCUGGGUCUACUAGUUCUGCAGUUAGCACAAAGGUUGGAAUUUCUCACAGCCAGGUUGAGUUGGAAAGGCAACUUCUGGCAGCUAACCCCAUCUUAGAAGCCUUUGGAAAUGCUAAGACAGUGAAGAAUGACAACUCAUCACGUUUUGGAAAGUUCAUCAGAAUCAACUUUGACGCAUCAGGAUUCAUUGCUGGUGCCAACAUUGAAUCUUACCUGCUUGAAAAGUCUCGUGCGGUACGACAAGCACCAAAUGAAAGAUGCUUUCACAUUUUCUACCAAGUUCUGAAUGGAUUGGACAAAAAGACCAAAGGUAAGUUGGUUUGCAUUGAAAAUAAAGGAAAACCUCAGAUGGAACUAAGAGCAGUAUCUGCACAAGCAAAUCAAACCCUUUUCCGUGUAGUGUCUGCUGUCCUUCAGUUUGGCAACAUGGUCUUCAAGCAAGAGAGAAGCUCAGAACAAGCCAUCAUGCCAAGCAAUGAAGUUGCUCAGAAAGUUUGCCAUUUGCUUGGCAUUCCAGUCACUGAGUUUUCAAAGGCAGUUCUAAAACCAAGAGUGAAAGUUGGUCGUGACUAUGUGCAGAAAGCUCAAACAAAAGCACAGGCAGAGUUUGCCAUUGAGGCUGUCUCAAAGUCUCUUUAUGAGAGAAUGUUCAAAUGGAUCGUGUCAAGAAUCAACAAGUCUCUUGAUAGAACAAAGCGUGAAGGUGCUUCAUUCAUUGGCAUUCUCGACAUUGCAGGAUUUGAAAUCUUUCAGAUGAACUCCUUUGAGCAGCUCUGCAUCAACUAUACCAAUGAAAAACUGCAACAGCUCUUCAAUCACACCAUGUUCAUUCUGGAACAGGAAGAGUACAGGAAAGAGGGAAUUGACUGGAAGUUCAUUGACUUUGGAUUGGAUCUACAACCAUGCAUUGAUUUGUUAGAAAAGCCCAUGGGCCUGAUGGCUCUGCUAGAUGAAGAGUGCUGGUUCCCAAAAGCUACAGACAAAUCGUACGUGGACAAGGUCAUCAAAGAACAUUCUAAACAUCAAAAGUUCAAGAUCCCGGAGUUCCGUUCAGAAGCUAAUUUCUCUGUGAUCCACUACGCUGGCAGGGUCGACUACAACACCUCACAAUGGCUGAUGAAAAACAUGGAUCCCCUUAACGACAACAUCAUUGCAUUACUACAGAAUUCCUCUGAUACUUUUGUUGGCCAGCUGUGGAAAGAUUCAGAAAACAUUGUCAGCAUGAAUGCAGCUCAGAGUGAGACUCCUUUUGGAAGCAAAGUGCGCAAGGGAAUGUUCCGUACUGUCAGCCAGUUGUACAAGGAACAACUCUCAAAACUGAUGGUGGUUCUGCACAACACCAAUCCUAACUUUGUCAGGUGUAUUAUUCCAAAUCACGAGAAGAAAGCUGGCAAGAUUGCUGCACAACUUGUGUUGGACCAACUGAGGUGUAAUGGUGUACUGGAAGGUAUCAGAAUCUGUCGACAAGGUUUCCCUAACAGGAUGCUUUUCCAGGAGUUCAAGCAAAGGUAUGAGCUGCUGACACCAAGUGCUAUCCCCAAAGGCUUCAUGGACGGACGAAAAGCCUGUCAGAAAAUGUUGGAGAUCCUAGAACUGGAUACAAAUUCCUAUCGCAUUGGCCAGUCCAAGAUCUUCUUCAGGGCGGGGGUGUUGGCUCACUUGGAAGAAGAACGUGACUUGAAAUUGACGGAGAUCAUCACCAUUUUCCAAGCCUACUGCCGCGGCAACAUUGCAAGGAAGCACUACAACAAGAGGGUUCAACAACUCAGUGCUAUUCGUGUUAUCCAGAGGAAUUGCCUCAGCUACCUUAAACUGCGCAACUGGCAAUGGUGGCGCCUGUUCACGAAAGUCAAACCGCUGCUCAAUGUGACGAGGACAGACGAAGCCUUGCGCGAGGCGUUGGAUUUGAAGAAGGCCAACGAAGAAAAGCUUGACAAGACCGAGGCGGCUUACAAUGAAUUGGACAAGAAAUUCCAGCAGAUUUCUGAGGAGAAGGACAUCUUACAGGAGCAGUAUGACCGAGAGCGUGACGCAUUUCAAGAGGCUGAUGACAUGCGCCAAAGACUUCAAGCCCGAAAACAGGAGCUGGAGGAGUUGUUGAACGAUCAGAUGGAGCGGUUCGAUGAAGAAGAGGAGAAGGUUAUUAACUUAACUGAAGAGAAGAAGAAACUGUUGAAGGAUAUACAAGAUUUGGAGGACAGCUUGGAAGAAGAGGAGGCUGCUCGACAAAAACUUCAGCUUGAGAAAGUAACCGUUGAAGCCAAAAUAAAGAAACAGGAAGAGGACUUGACGCUAAUGGAAGAUUCCAACUCCAAGUUGACGAAAGAGAAGAAAUCCUUAGAAGACAAAUUGCAAGAGGCAACUCAAGCACUUGCUGACGAGGAGGAGAAAGCCAAGGGCUUAGCAAAGCAGAAAGCUAAACAAGAUGCCCUCAUCGCAGAUCUCGAAGAACGACUUAGAAAUUCAGAAAAGAAUUGCCAAGAGUUGGAAAAAAUCCGCCGCAAGUUGGAAGCAGAGCUGGCUGAAGUCCAUCAUCAGCUGGAAGAAGCCAAGCAAAUGAUUCAGGAUCUAGAAGCUACUAUUCACAAGAAGGACAUGGAAUUGAAUGACUUGAAUGCUAGAGUUGACGAGGAGUCUUCCAGGAGAAGCGAGCUCGAGAAGCUCAAACGAGAAAUGGAGAACCAAAUAGAGGAACUGAGAGAAGAUUUGGAUUCAGAGAAAAGCGCCAGGACUAAGGCGGAGAAACAACGCAGAGAACUUGGAGAGGAACUGGAGUCGCUGAAAUCAGAACUCGAAGAAUCGAUUGACACAACAACCGCAGCCCAGGAAAUGAAACAAAAACGGGAAUCUGAGCUUGUCGCGCUGAAAAGAAGCGUUGAGGAGGAAACUGUCGCACACGAGGCUGCCAUGGCACAACUCCGUCAGAAACACACCCAGCUUGUGGAGGAACUGAACGUUCAACUGGAAACGACCAAAAAGGGCAAAGCACAACUCGAAAAAGCUAAAGCUCAUUUGGAAGAUAGCAACUCCCAGCUGAAAUCAGAGGUGGAAGAAUUAAGUAGCCGCAAGACCGAGGCAGAACGUAAAGUGAAAGUAUUGGAGAACCAGGUCUCCGAAGCCAAUGCUCGGCUCACAGACGAUGAACAUCACGUGACCGAGUUACAGAGUGUCAAAGUUAAACUGCAAAAGGAGUUGGAGGCGUCUGUUAGCCAACUGGAGGAAUUUGAAUCCAAGUGUUCAACUGCGGAAAGAGCAAAGGCCUCGCUAGAGUCACAGCUAGCUGAAUUACAGGAAUCUCUAUCAGACGAAACCCGUCAGAAACUGUCGCUCAGUAACAAACUCAAAGAGUCUGAGACCGAAAUCAGCCGUCUACAAGAUCAACUUGACGAUGAGGAAGAUGCAAAGGUAGCGCUCCAGAAGAACCUCACACAAGCCCAGGCCCAGAUGGCUGAACUCAAGAAAUUGGCCGAUGAUCGCUCGGCUCUUCUCGAAGAAGCUGAACAGAGCAAGAAGAAAUUAUCGCGAGACAUGGAGACACUGCAAGGGCGAGUGGAUGAACUGAGCGCCAAUAACAGCAAGUUGGAGAAAACCAGGAAAAGACUGCAAGACGAGGUGGACGAUGUGCAACUUAACUUGGAGAAGGAGAGAGCAGCGGUCAGUGCGCUGGAAAAGAAACAGAGAAAGUUUGAUCAGUUGCUCGCAGAAGAAAAAGCCAUAUCCGAGAGGAACGCCGUGGAAAGAGACAACGCUGAACGAGACGCCAGACAGAAUGAAACUAAGGUCAUUUCUCUUUCGCAUGAACUUGAAGAACUUCAGGAGAAACUGGCGGAGAGUGAAAGGCUUCGCAAGGCCGCGCAAAACGAACUGGAGGCCAUGAUGGAGAGCAAGGAUGACUUCGGCAAGAACGUGCACGAGCUGGAGAAAUCCAAGCGAUUGCUGGAAGCACAACUCGACGAGAAGAAACAGCAGAUCGAAGAACUCGAGGAUGAACUGCAGAUUACCGAGGAUGCUAAGCUAAGGAUGGAAGUUAACAUGCAGGCAGCGAAAACUCAGUUUGACAGAGAGUUGUCUGCCAGAGACGAACAGAACGAGGAGAAGAGGAAAGCUUUACUCAAACAGCUGCGUGAUCUUGAGAGCGAGCUGGACGAGGAACGCAAGGCUAAAGUGAAUGCUGUAAACUCCAAGAAGAAAAUCGAGAUGGACAUCGCGGAUCUCGAAGAACAGCUCGAGGGAGCCAACCGCGUGAAGGAAGAUGGCCUCAGACAGCUGAAGAAAUACCAGCAGCAGGUCAAGGACAUUCAGAGAGAUCUGGACGAGGCACGGCACGCUCGAGACGAGAUAUCGGAACAAGCGAAGGAGAAUGAACGGAAAGCUAAACAGCUGGAAGCCGAUUACUUACAAAUGCAAGAGGACCUUGCUGCCGCCGAACGAGCCAGAAAAAGUUUGGAAGCGGAAAGAGACGAAUUAGCAGAAGAAUUAGCAAGCUCAAGUCAUCAAAGGGGAUCAUGGGCCGACGAGAAACGCAAACAAGAUGCACGCAUAGCUCAAUUGGAAGAAGAAAUCGAGGAAGAAAGAACUCAAAAUGAAUUACUGCUUGAGAAAUUCAAGCGGGCUAAUAUGCAGAUGGAGCAGUUCCAGACAGAUCUGAACUCAGAGCGUGCUGCCUUGCAAAAGAUGGAGAGCAGCAAAAACACGCUAGAAAAACAGAACAAAGACAUGAAAGCCAAACUACAGGAACUGGAGAGCCAGACACGUGCUCGCAACAGGAUGACUGUACAGGCACUGGAGAACAAACUAGCCACACUACAAGAGCAGCUUGACGCCGAAACCAAGGAACGCGCUCUCCUGGCUAAGAAUAACCGUAAGCUAGAGAAGAAAUACAAAGAGUCCGUGUUACAAGUGGAGGAGGAGAGGCGCCAUGCUGACCAAUACAAAGAACAGAUGGAAAAGGUGAACGCCCGUGUGAAGACCUUGAAGCGGUCUGUAGACGAAGCUGAAGAAGAGAACACGCGACUCAACUCCUCAAAACGCAAAAUACAACGAGAGCUGGAUGAUUACAUUGAAGCUAACGAGGAACUUAAUCGCGAAGUACAAAGUCUCCGAAACAGACUUAGGGGCCGUGGCGGCGCAACAGGUCGAAGCGGUUUCACCACCCCUCCCGAGCCAAGGAGAAAGACGACCCGAGGGGAUAAAUCUGGGGAUUCAGGCGACGCUGAUGCCACGCCUGAAGCCGAACCAGACGCGUAGAUUCGCGUGAUCCCUCGCCCAGCUACAGUUUCACUUUUCUUCUCUUCGCUUUCGCUUCCCCUCAACUUUCUUUACUGGUUCUUGUUUAAUUAUUAAGAUCUGCUGUCGUUUGAGUAGAUUUUGUCAUAAAAAGAAUUGUUUUUGCUGUCAAUAGGGUAGUGUCGAGAUUAUCAUCACAGAGAACGUGUUAGUUUGACGCGACAAAGUCGAUGUCAACAGCAAAACUGCAAUAACCCAGCAAACGAAAGUGUGAAAUUUCAGUCAUCUAAUGUAAUUGUGGUUUGCUAAAUAGAGCUGAUCUGUUCUCUACACGUUCUUGAGCCCUUCCCUCAUAUUAUUUGAACUGAGAACCUCUUCUUAACUAUGCUUUCUUUAGAAUUCACUUUCUUGACAACUGUGGACGUGUAGAGUUUUUAGUCAUGACCAAAUAAUGCAGCUUCUCAAAGUCUAUUUUCAAAGGAAAUAAAAAGAUAGAACUUCGCGUAAGCAAACGCGGUGAAGAUAGAGAACCUGCGAAGUGUUGAGGUUUGAAACCCGUGGAGUCAGAUCAGUAAAUAGAGGAGGCAAUCAAUUUUGGUGCGAAUUUCAAAAGAGCUGGGAAUAAUCUAUAUUAUUGUUAAUUCAAGGGAUUUGCGUAAGGCAUUUGUGGGAAAUCAGACCUCAAAUCCAAGUUGAUAAUGUAAUAGAGUAUAGUAGUUUUUCAUGAGAUUGUUGUGUACGGAGUUUUGAUAUGUACAGGCUGAUGACAUGUUAGUCUCCUUCGCAACCACUUGACUGUCACGUAACGCUUCUCCCCGUGAACUGUUGCGUGACGAUCCUAAUUAUGGCUGCAAAGGAGACUAGUGACUAGCAAGAAGUGACUUUUAAAAUGCGAACAUUUGUAUUUGUGUCAAACUUAUCGGUCAGUUAGGCAUUAAAAAAUUGAGAGGUCUAGCUUGGGUUAGUCACGCUCGUAGCCGUUACAUAUAUCGUGACGCCACGUUUCGUGACCGCCCCCAAAACGCUAUGAAGUUAGACAGUUAGAAUAGGCUUGUAUGGUCUGAGAUAAACGUCGUAAAGUUACUGAUAAUUUCUAUUUUAUAAGCUGCCAAUGUAUGGUGAUUAGAAUUAAACUUUUGUUGAAGUA